GGCUCUGGAUGUGAAGUUACUCUCCAUCCCUUCGGAAAGCCGUUGACUAUGAGCGUAGCGAAGCCCCUCUGUCCGUGACUUCUCCAUCCGGAAUCUGUAUACAGCAGCCCUACCCGCCACAGACCAUGACUUGACCUCGAGGGUAUUAGAGAUUUUGGACCAUGGUUAUCCCGGAAGUGGACUCGGCACGGGGAUCAAGCUUCUCGCAGAUACCCCCGAGGCUGUUGGAGCUUCCCAACUAUAUCUGGGAUUCAGAGAUAGAGCCUUUCCACUCGUCUUAUGAUAACUGGCACUUCUUUGGAGUCCAGAAAGCUACGCGCGAGCGGCCCAUCUCUAGAGGUCCCAACGCGGUCAAUUCAUCGAAAUCCCACUCUCCUGACUCAAGCCGCCCGGCCCUUUCUAGAAGUCAUAAAUCGUCUGGGAGCGAUGUCAGCGCCUCCACAAGCCAUACCGAUGCGAUAGACCUGCCUAAAGAUAGACCUGUAGUAUGUCGCGUAUCUCGCCAUGCCCUGCGCUUGGAACGUGAAUUCCAACUUUCAAAGCUUAUUGUAAGUCGCUCCGACCCGGACUGCAGGCACUUUGCUCGCCCUAUUGAGUUCCUGAGAUUGCCUCCGAAACAUGGGAACUCGGAGCCUUUGGUCGUCAGCAUUUUCGAAGCUCCUGGCCCAAAUUAUUUGAGAGACAUAGUGGAAUUUGGCCCCAACGCGUAUAGGGUGAUUGGCAAGGAUAAUAAUUGGGAAUUCGCGCCGUUCCGUCCAGGGCAAGAGGGGAUUCCCCUUCUUAUAUUUCUUGACUUCGCAGUUGGAGCUACCGAAUGCCUAGAAAUUCUCCACCAUGGCAAUCACUUGACCCACGGCGAGAUUCGCGGAGAUGCCUUCCACUUCAAUCACGAAAAUGGCGUCGUUAAGAUGAUCAAUUUUGGGAGCGGUUCCAGGUCUUUUGAGAAUGGCUUAACGAGUGCGGGAUGGUCCACCCUCAGUCGCGAAGUUGGUGUGGAGGUGAAGCUCUCAUUUAUUGCUCCGGAACAGACUGGUCGUCUGCCGGCUGAGCCUGAUAGCCGGACCGAUAUUUACAGCCUGGGGAUAUUGUUCUACUCGAUGCUGUGCUCAGAGCUUCCAUUCGUAGGAGAGAACACGACACCUCUCGAUGUGAUGCAAAACGUUUUAAGUAAGCGAAUACCCCCGGUUUCCUCGAAACGAAUGGAUAUCCCAGAAGUCCUAUCUUCCGUUAUCCAACGCAUGACUCAGAAAAAUAUUGAGGAAAGAUAUUACUCAACAUCAGGCCUGAAAUACGACCUUAUUCGAAUUCGAGAGCUCUUGUCGGAGGGCGAUAGUGAAGGCUUGAAAACGUUUCAAGUCGGCACGAAGGACAUUAGCUGUUUCUUUAACCUGCCUCUGAAGCAAAUUGGGCGCGAGAACGAACGCAAGAUAAUUGUGGAUGUAAUCGAACGCGUCUCCAAACGUCGGCGACAUUCUCCACGUUUUGGCAAGGGUUUCAAUAGCUUGAGCUCCAGUUCCUCUUAUUCAGACCCUCGGAUGGAGACUAGCCAACUCGACGAUAUUAUCUCCGACAGUGCGAGCUCUAGAGGCUCCGACAGCAGAAUAAACAGUGUAUCUGGGCCUGUGUUCAUGGAUGCAGCCAGAUCGAUCCAGCAAAAAUCGCAAGACAGCAUGGCCCAGUCAGAAGGUUCUAUUGCAGAGGACACUCCAGAAACGCGGCCGUCAUUGGGAUCCCGAUUCUCGGGCGACGCCCGGCCCUCCAAUAAUAGCAUAGACGGCUCUCUAUCGUUGUCGCGUUCAAAUCAGACUGUUGCGUCGGAUGGCUCAGCAUUGCGUAGGAAUGCAUCCACUGCUUCGAGGCUAAGACGACGGACUCGUUGUGAGGUCAUCACGAUUGCGGGGGCUACAGGUCUAGGAAAAUCCCGUCUAGUGCAGAGCAUACAGACCGCAGCCCGAAGUCAUGGCUACUUUGCUUCGGCAAAGUUUGGCCAGGCAAAAAAAGGGCCAUUUGAACCCAUCCUAAAACUGAUGUCAUCCCUAUUCCGACAAAUAUUUUCAGAAGCUGACGUGUCGACUGAUUUUCACAACAAUCUCAGGAACCUUUUGAAGAAUUCAGGUGUUUGGAAUGUCCUUCACACGUAUCUCGAUCUCCCGGAGUGGUUACUUUCUGCAGGAGGCACUCCGCAAACCCCGCAACCACGAGAUGUUUAUAUGACCAAGCAUUGCCACCGACGGGCAUCCUCGCCUGCAAUACACUGCGGAAGCGCAGGGAAUACUGCGGCAGAUUGGCUUCGUUCAGGCGGUUCCUCAAAAUCCUCUCGAUUUAUGAACACGUUUCUCGAGGUCCUGCGUCUCUUAGCUAUGCAGAAAAUGUGCAUAUGGGCCCUGGAAGAUUGCCAGUAUUCGGAUCCUGAGAGUGCUGAACUCAUUCAUCACAUUGUGCAAGCCAAGCUUCCAAUAACUAUGAUUCUGACCUAUCGAGAAGACGAGGCUCUAACUAAAGAGCUACGGUCCCUCUUGCCCAUGACAACCAAAAUACAAUUGUUGCCGUUCACUGAGGCGCAGACAGCUGAGUAUGUGGCGGAAACUUUACACCGAGACCAAGAGUAUAUUCUCCCUUUAGUUGCCGUCAUCCAAGAGAAGAGCAGAGGGAACUUAUUCUAUAUCCGGGAGAUCUUGGAUACCUGUUAUCGAAAACACUGCGUGUUCUAUUCCUGGCAGGAGACUGCAUGGCAAUUUGACCUCGACAAAGUCUUUGAAACGUUCGAGAGCCCGGAGUAUGGAUCUUGUAUCAAUUAUGGAGACGUGAUCGCCAAACGUCUGCAGGAGUUAUCCUCGCCCGUUCGAAAGCUCCUUGCCUGGGCCUCCCUAGUCGGCGGGGCCAUAUCAUUCCACCUGAUGAAGAAGCUGCUAAACGCUGAGACAGCCCCCAAAGAUGCAGCCGGACUUCCAACUCUACGUGACUCCGAGGACCCUGUCUCUGCACUUCAAGGGGCUUUAGGAGCGUACAUUCUCAUGCCAGCAGAUGAUGAGGACAAAUUCCGCUUUUCACACGACCGGUAUGUUGGAGCAGCUAUGGAUUUAACAGAAGUCCAUUGGGAUACGAAGAUGAUGCACUAUGUUCUUGCGAAAGUCAUACUGGAGGAGAGUUUCCAGGACGAACCCGGUUCGAAAGCUCUCUACAUGCGGAGCCGGCAUAUUUGUCUAGCCGUCGACCUGAUAAAAUCAAAGGAAAGCAAGAGGGCACCGUUCCGCGACGUGCUUUACCAAGCCGCAGAGACCGCCUGUGAGUCUGGCGCUAGAUCGACGGGGUGUUUCUACUACGCCCAUUGCCUGCUGCUUCUCCAAGAGGAUCCAUGGGAUGAGGGGAAGCCCGACGUUUCCUAUCAAGAGACACUACAGCUAUUCGUGAGAUCUGCCGAGUGUUAUUGGCACCAGUCAAUGUUCGACGAGGCUCUAGCUUUGAUCCGGACAACGUUCAAAAAGGCAAAAGAUCCUGUCGAUAUGGCUAGUUCAUUCAUCUUGCAAUCCCGCGUUUACGCCAUACGAGGGGAUAGCUUCGGGGCUUUUCAGGCUCUGAAGGACUGCUUAUCCCUGGUAGGGAAACCAAUUCCAGAUACCACAUGGGAGCAAUGCGAUGCCGACUUCCAGGAACUUUGUGCACUGCUGCAAAGUAUGGACAAAGAAGAGCUGCUGGCAAGGCCAACCUCCGAAGACCGCCUGGUAAUUACAAUGGGUCCAGUUUUUAUAGAACUUCUCAGCGCUGCAUUCUGGAGUAAUUCGUUGCUCUUCUACCAAGCCACUUUGAAAUUGGUUGGAGCACAUUUACGCCGGGGAAAUUUUUCACAGGCCGCACUCGGCUAUGUUCACCUAGGCUCGAUUGCCGCUGGUCGCUUCAACAUGAUUGAGUUUGCAGUUGAGGCUGGUCAUAUUGCACAGCGAAUGUUUUCCAUGUAUCCUGAUGAUCACUAUACCUUUGGAAGAGGCCAGACGCUGCAGUCGUUGUUCUUAGGGCACCUUGAAUCUCAUGUAAACGAUCAGAUCCCUGCUCUGAAUGAUGCAAUGGAAGCGUCUGUAAUGGCCGGUGACCGCAUCCUUUCUCUCCUCAAUUUGGGCGUAGUAGCCCACUUCAAGCAGAUGGCCUCACACGAUCUUGCAGAACUCGAAGCGUGGAUUGACGAAGCUCCGCUAGAAUUUCGGAACUGGCAACGAGAUCUCCGAGGAGGUGUAUUCUUAAUUGGAGUGAGACAGUACGCGCGUGCCUUACAGGGGAAGACUGCGAUCCUGACAACGGAUGUCUUGUCCGACCAAGAACACAACAGCUCAGCGUACCUCGAAUUUCUGGAGAAUUCUGCAAGCAAUCCCAAACGCCCGAAGACAUUUUAUCUUAGCCAAAAAUUGCCAAUCUUGGUGCUAUACGGACACAUUCAGGCCGCAGUCACCCUAGGCGAGCAAUUACUUCCAAUGAUAAAUAGUUUGUGGUGCCAGCGGAUGGUCUACUCCAAUCUCUUCUAUCUCUCUUUAGCGUACCUUACGCUCUUGAGAGAAAACCCAGAAAGUCGCGAAGCGAACCGCUACCUAGAAUUCGUACAGGCUGCAGCCAAACGAAUGGAAAACUGUAGUGUCAUCAACGAUGUCAAUUAUCGCUGUUGGAUUUCGCUGCUUCAUGCUGAGCUUGCUUGCUUCCUAGGAGACGCCUCGGCUGCAGUACCCCACUACGAAACAGCCAUGGACCAUUGUGAAGUCCACAGCUUCACUCUCGACCAAGCACUUUCGUUUGAGCUAUAUGCAGAGUUUCUUGUUCGAAAGAAGGCCCUACGACCCGCUCGACAUGUUCUCAAAGACUGUAUAUCAACUUAUCGAAGAGUAUCAGCCUGGGGCAAGGCCAAUGCUCUUACUAAUAAGUUUGAAUGGCUACUACGCGGCACAGCGUCUCUGAGCACCAUGGAUGUAGCUGUGCAAACCACUAUCAUUGAUACUGGAAACACACCUUAUCGACUUGAACAGAAUGAGGACCAGGAGGCUCGGCUCUUGGGAGCAGAGAGUGCUGUCGAUAGAACGCAUGCAUGGAUUGCGCCCGGUUCCGCACCCGCUUCUGGAAAGCGACCUGAUGCUCAACAAGAUCUCCAAAGUGGCUUCUCCGCAGUGGGUUUAGAUAUGCUUGACCUUGCGUCGCUUCUCGAAAGCCAGCAGGUGUUAUCGAGUGAGCUGAAGAUCGACAAGCUGUUGGCGAAGAUGGCGGAAAUCAUCCUGGAAAGUACCGGAGGAAGUCUGUGCGGGAUCGUCAUAGAGGACAGCCAAAUCGAGUGGAGCAUUGCGGCAGUUGGGACGCCUGACGAUGGUAUCACUUCUUUCCCCGGCGGCCAACCAUUAGACACUGUCGAUGAUCAAGUUGCAAGACAAAUAACCCUUUAUGUUCUGCGCUUCCGAGAGCACGUCUUCGUGCAGAACCUUCUCGAAGACGAUCGUUUUUCCAAUGUGUCAGAGUCAUAUCUGAACCGGAAUCCGGAUGGAAAGGCCGUGAUCUGUGUCCCUAUUAUCCAUUCGGAUCGUAUGAUUGGAUCGAUUUAUGUCGAGGGUGCGCCAAAUUCCUUUACAGAGAGAAACACGAAUGUUCUAAAGUUGCUAACAUCUCAAAUUUCUAUCUCCCUCGCAAAUGCGCUCUUAUUCAAAGAAGUCGAACGAGUAUCAGCAAGCAACAAAGCGAUGCUCGAGAUGCAGAAACGAGCGCUUGCACAAGCCCGAGCAGCCGAGAUCAAGGCCAAGGAGGCCGAAGCAAUUGCAAUUCGAAACAUGAAACUCAAAGAGGAGGCUGCAAGAGCAAAGUCGCUCUUCUUAGCAAACGUCUCCCACGAACUUCGGACCCCACUGAACGGAGUCAUUGGCAUGAGCCAGCUCCUACAGGCCAGUCCACUAAACACCGAGCAAGCCGGUUACGCAGACAGCAUAAGAGUUUGCGCUGAUACUCUGCUAUCGAUCAUCAAUGAUCUCCUCGACUAUUCGAAACUAGAGGCGGGGAAGAUGAAUGUCAUCUCUAUGCCUCUAUCGCUGAAUGAAACGAUCACCGAGGUUGUCCGAGCUCUAGCAUAUACAAACGCUGAGCGAGGGCUAAAAACGGUCGAGCAGCUGGAGCUCAAUCCAGAGAUAUUAGUUAUGGGAGACCCAGUUCGGCUUCACCAAAUCCUGAUGAAUCUCUUGUCCAACAGCUAUAAAUUCACGCAUAAGGGAUCUGUUACUAUCCGUGCUGUAGUCGACCAAGAGGCCGACGAUACGAUCGACGUCACCUGCAGCAUCAUCGACACUGGCAUUGGCAUCCCCGAAGAACAAAAGAAGAAACUUUUCUUGCCAUUCAGCCAAAUCGAAUCAUCAAGUUCGAGAAGCUACGGUGGCACUGGUCUAGGCUUAAGCAUCUGCAAAGCGCUUAUAGAAAACGUGAUGGGUGGCAAAAUCUGGCUCGAAAGCACUCCUGGAGUUGGAACAAACGUCUCUUUUGCUCUCCGCUUCCAAAAGGUGCCGAUAGCCGAAGCUGCCAAUCGUCAUUGGACAUCCAGGGAGCCGGACCCUAUGGCGAAGUUCUCGAGUCAGGAGAAUAAUGGCCAUAAGCGGUCGUCUGGAGAAUGCAUUGAUCUGUCGAAAAUUCCGCGGAACGAGCUCAGAAUUUGCAUUGCAGAGGACAAUCUCAUCAAUCAGAGGAUUGCAAUUAGCUUUGUGCAAAAGCUCGGCUUCAAGUGCGACGCUUACCUUGAUGGUUUCAAAACUAUCGAAGCGCUUGAACGAGGAAUCCGGAAUGACCGACCUUUUCACCUCGUGUUGAUGGACGUUCAAAUGCCUCACUGUGAUGGCUACGAAGCGACACGAUUGAUUCGCAAACACGAGGACCCCGCCAUCAGAAACAUUCUCAUCGUUGCGAUGACUGCUAGCGCAAUUCAGGGGGAUCGCGAGAAGUGCCUUGAUUCUGGCAUGAACAACUAUCUAGCCAAACCUGUACGGGCGCAAACUUUGAAAGCGUUGCUCGAAUCAUACCUGUCAAAAGAGCAGGACGAUGUUCCAAAUCUGGAGCAAGAAGCUAAUAAGAUGGUCAAGGAUGCGCUAUCGCAAGCACAAAAGCAGGACAAUGCAGGAAAGGAUAUGGGCAACGAACGGAAUGAGGAUCGAAAGGAGCAUUCUCGGCCCCGAUCCGUGAGGAUGAACACAACGCAGCGAUUUAUCCGAGAGACGGGGACUACGAACAGCAAUUCCGAAACUAACUCGAAGUAGAUCGGGGAACAGAUAGUGAACGAUACCACGAUGACAGUUGCUGUAGGCUUUUUUGUUGGAUCCUACAUAUCAUUGUCAGGAGGUCUUUUGUUAAAUCAUUACGACUUUAGCAAUGGAGGCGAUUGCAUCGCAUGGCGCUUCUGACUAUAUCCAUGAGUAUAUAGGAUGGAUUUUUAGGGUGGUAACGGGAGGCAGGUUUUGUCAGGUAACACGAGCAUAUAUGGAUGUUAGGUAUUCGUUCCAUACCAGCGCGUGUCAUUGUAAACAGGCAUUGGGGACUUGGUAAC